AUGUCCAGCUCGCAAGGGACCCUGAGCGCCGUGACAGACGACCGCAAAGCGCGCCUGGCGAAGCUCAAGAACCUGAAGAGAAAACAACCAACGGACGAGGUCGUUCCCCCGACCUCGCCGCCAGCAGAGCCAGAUGUCACAAAACUGCACCUCUCCGGCCGAAACUACGACCCGGAAGCACGAGGACCCAAGCUCGGUUUCGAGGCGCCUCCCACACAAGAUUUGGAACAGCCCACGCUCGAGGAGCUCGCGGCAGACAUUGAGGCCGACGUAAGGAAAAAGGCGGCUGAGGAAUCGCAAGACGACAAGGGCAUAGACCUCUUCAAACUUCAGCCGAAAAAGCCGAAUUGGGACUUGAAAAGAGAUUUGGAGAAGAAGCUAGAGGUCCUCAACGUGCGGACGGACAAUGCAAUUGCGAAGCUUGUGAGGGAGCGCAUCACAGGUGCGCAGAAGGCGGCAACACAGGCGAAGCAGGUCGAUGCAGGGAGCAGAGAGGGCGACGCGGCUGGAAUGGACGGCAUCGCGCUAGUUGAAGGUGUCCGCGUCCGUGAGAGAGAGGAAGAAGAGGACGAAAGACGAGAGAAGGAGGAGGAUGACGAUUUGGCUAGCUGA